AUGUUCCUCUCCAAUGGCUAUGACAUGAGCAAGCGAUACAAUGUCGACAGUCUCGGAGUCGCCUACAUUGUCAUCGCCGCCGUGUGGACUCUGAUAUUGACCAUCGGCUCCCUCUUCCUCAUCAAACACCGCGACUUCCAUUACCUCCGCAUUCGAAACCUGCCUCUCAGCAUUGGCAGUGUGGCAACACUCCAUGUCUACCUCGUCCUCUGUUUCCUCGCAUAUGUCCUCAAUGGCCACUUCCCUUGUGCGACGGAGUUCUGGAUCAUGAGCAUAUACCUGCCGUUGGGCAUCGCACUCUUUCAUGCCUCCAACACGCAACUUCUCCAUGUUGCUAUGCUGCAGAAGAAGUUCGCCCGCAUUUCACUCACCGAAAGCGAGACCGGUCAGAAGGUCAGACCACCUGUGUGGGUGAGAGCCGUCAACAAGCUGCGGUCAUGGGGUCCUACAAAGCGUGCAAUGACUCUUAUUGGUAUUGGCAUGGCCGUUCAGUUCUUGUUCGCUGUGAUUGUUUUCACUCUCUCGAAGAAAUUCCAUGCUGGCUUCGGUCUUGUCAAAUGGUCCAGUCGUCCGGCCAAUGACUUGACUGCGGCCUCUCAGUGCCGUCGUGGCUGGGAGUGGUGGCCUUCAAUUGCGUGGCAGUUCGCAUGGUCGUGGCUGUACGCUCCAUUCUUGCUGUACAAGGUCCGAAACAUCUAUGACACUCAUGGAUGGCGUAUGCAGACAAUUGUGUGCUGUCUUGCUGGUCUUCCUGCUUCGCCAAUGUGGUUGCUUGCACUGUAUCUUCCUCAGAUGCAAGAGAUUGAUCGUAGAUGGGUGGCUCCUUUAUGGUUCGCUCCCUCCAUCAUCUUGAUGCAAGGCUUUGUCAUCUUCGUCCCGUGCUACCAGGUCUUCAAGAACCGUCGUCUUGAGGACGAUACUCGCCAGAUAAUAUCUGAGUGGGAGAAUCGCAAGAAGCACGGUAGCGUGUACGGCUCCGACCCACGAACCUCCAAGCUGUCCUCGAAGUCGUCCGCGAGCAGCAUCCGCCACCUGAACAAUCCGGAGUUGUACACGCUUGGUCAUCUUGAGAAGUGUCUGCAACUCAAUCCCAAGCCGUUGCUACUGUUUGCUGCAUUAAAAGAUUUUUCUGGCGAAAACAUCAGCUUCUUGACUCACGUCCAAGAGUGGAGAGCCAAUUGGGCUUCACUGACACCAACAAAGGCGAACGUCCUCCGGAAGAAUGGAUCUGAGAACUAUCGCAUGAGCGACAAGUUGUAUCGUCAACAGUUCAACCUUGCUGUGCGAAUCUAUUCGUCCUUUGUCAGCCUCCAAUACUCAGACUUUCCCAUCAACAUCUCCUCGGCACACUUGAAAGAGCUAGACAUCCUCUUCGCCGAUGCGGCUGCCAAGAUGGCCCCAGCCUCUGCUGGAAGUCUGUGCUCGCCCUUCGCUGACUUCGACCUCGAGAAACACCCUCAAAUUAGCGUUGGUGAGACUGGAUUCUCAGACAACCUUAUGCCAGCUCCAGAGUCGGCUCAUUACAACCAAGUGCAAGGGCUCAACCUUAAGGGCGUUGAUCAUUUGCCCGACGAUGUCAUCAUUCCGGCUGCAUUCGGUCCUGCGUCGUUCAGUAAUGCUGAGGCUAGCAUCCGAGAGCUUGUUCUGACCAACACUUGGCCGAAGUUCGUCAACGCCGGCUACGCCAGCAACAUGGAACACGGCGAGCUUAAGAAGCGCGUUGAUGGCAUGUCUCGUGCUCUGAGUGGUAUCUGGACCUCCACGAUGCAACGCUUCAAGGCUCGCAAGCAGAAGAAGGUCCAGACCGCACUCGAGGAACGCCAGCAUAAGUCGGGUAGUGUCCGGACUGCCAGCUCUGAUGAAGUCAACUUGGUUUGA